UUAUCAAAAUAAUAGAAAGUUCACUCUCUAUUCAUUAUAAUCAAUUUUACAAAGUGCCAUCUCCUGAGAAUCUUAUUAUAGGUUUGCAUUACCGUGGUUACUCUGCUUCGGAUAUCGAAAUUAAAUAUUCCAACUAUUUAUAUUCCAUAUUUCAAUUCUUACAAACAACGUCGACCUCCCUCAAUUCUGAAGAUUAUAAAACUCCAAAGGGGAAUCAUGUAUUAAAACAAGAUUAUUCUUCGGCUAUUGAAAAUAUUAAUUCAUAUUUAAUUUAUGAAUUUCAAUCUUUACAAGCUACAAAAACGAAUGACGCUGAUUGUAUCACUUUUAGAAUGAAUGAAAUAAAUAUGUUGUAUGAUACAAUUGAAAAUAUCAAAUUACAACUCAAAGAACUUCGAGUUUUGGUUGAAGCUUCCGUAAAAGAAUCAGAAGAUUUGCUAAAAAAAUUUGCUCAUUCAGAAGAAGAUUUAAAAAUCCCUACACGUGUAGAAAAUGAUAAAAUUCGUAAAGAAUUUGAUGAUUUAGAUAAUUUUUAUAAAUUUGGAGAGCAUAUUAUUAUUAAUGGAGGUGUACAUUGUAUUAAUGGUCCCGAAUAUUUAUGGCUUGAGACUGGUUUAGAUGACAAAGCUUCGAUCGAUUUUCCGGUCAAUGAUGGAAAUUCAAUGGUCGAGAUGACAGGAGCUGAUGGCCUUUGA